AAUAAAUCGUCCUCUAAGCAGUCGCACACUCACGAGUGAACGGCCCGCUGUCGAGAGUCAGUCGAUUGUCAGCCAGGAACCGAGCCGGGAGGCGCUACGGAAAGGAACUGCGCUGACUACAGCUCAGUUGGAGCAAGCCAGCGCACUAGAGACGGCAAAGCAGUGGAUUGUGUAGUUCCAAAUUUUAAGUUCAAUAAAAUUUUGUUUCUAUUAAAAGUGUUCAUGCUGUUGCCCGCCUUCCUAGAACAUAUCGCACUUCAACUUUAAACAAGGAUAAAAUACGAAAUGGGUGUCUAAAAGGAAGAUAAAAUAUGUUGCUCUCAACGUAAAAUUUUCAAAAUAAAACUUUAUUCCAUUUUUGAAAUGAGUGCAAAACUAAGGAGACUUCGGUCUCCUGAUAAAAGAAUAUCGUUCAGAAAAGCUGUACCAAAGGGAUAUGAACGUGAAAUGGAUUUCUUGGAACGAGAAAUUAAGAAUGUUAAGGGAGGAUUUGCUGAAGAAUUUCCUUUGCUGUGCGCCGAAGCUGGUGCUGCUGUUGUCCCGCAAGUAAUGGUAUUAGAUCCUGAAACAGGAAAACCAGUUCCCAUGCGUUGUGACUGCGUCACAAUUGAAGAAAAUGAGGAUAGAAAAUCUCUCAAAUCGCUCGGAGCCAAGUCUGGAGCGUCCGCUACAACUUCAGCUUCUGUCUCUUCCCCUUUUACUGCGAAUGAU